AUGAUCGGUUUAAUUCUUGUCUUUGCUAUGGUUUCAUUUGUCGAACCAAUGGCUUUAAAUAUUACAGGAAAAAAUCAACGACAAUGCUGUGGAACAUGCUUUAUAUUUGGAUGCCCAGUUGGUCAAUGUUGUUCACAAUAUGGAUAUUGUGGUGCAACACGCGAACAUUGUCAAGAAGCAAUAACACAAGGUGAUUGUCAAAGAAGAGGAUGCCCUGAUGGAUUAUGUUGUUCGAAAUUUGGUUUUUGUGGAAAUACACCUGAGCAUUGUGAUGGUACACCAUUAAGUAAUGGAAACUGUAAGACUCAACGUUGCCCACCGGGACAAUGCUGUAGUGCUCAUGGAUUUUGUGGUACAACACCUGAACAUUGUGGUAAUAUUGAUCCAACAAUUGGUCAAGGAAAUUGUCAACAAACAGGAUGUCCACCUGGUCUUUGUUGUUCAAGAUUUGGAUUUUGCGGUCGUACACCAGAACAUUGUUUCGGAGCACCAUUAACACUUGUACCAGGAUGUCCAAGUUGUAUUAAUGGUGGUACUAAUCCUGGUGGUUCCGUAGGAUGUCCAAGUUGUAUUAAUGGUGGUACUAAUCCUGGUGGUUCCGUAGGAUGUCCAAGUUGUAUUAAUGGUGGAAGUACUAGUGGUGGAAGUACUGACGAUGGAAAUACUAACGGUGGAAAUACUAAUGGUGGUUCGGUAGGAUGUCCAAGUUGUACUAAUAGUGGAACUACUAAUUGUGGUAAUGGUGGAUGUGCUGGCAAAAAAUAA